AUGCUCCCAUGGAGCAACUUUAAGUGGAUCGACUAUUCGUCAGAUGGAUAUGCUACUAUGACACACUACAGCCUUCCCGAAAACUUUAUUGCAGCAUGCGGGUGUACAUCCACGAGCACAAAUUAUCCAACUGCUGCAAUGAAUCAGAUGGCAUACGGCAGCAGUACAUCUUACGGCCCCGCUUGUGGACAAUGCUUUAAUCUCACCCUACUAAAUUCUUUCCUUUCAAAUCCCCCUUUCUACCCCAACGUGACUAAAUCAGUUGUCAUCAAAGUCACUGACUUAUGUCCAUUAUCUCAUUCCGGCUGGUGUAAUGCAACUACACAUGGGCCGAACGCUGGUAGUCACUACUUGAAUUUUGACCUCGCAUGGCCUUCAUCUUCGAUUCCAAACGAUUUCUUUCCAUCAAAUGAACCACUUUAUGGUAAGCACCCGAGAUCGCUGCCGCACGCACAAUUGAUUCGGGACUUUGGCGUCUGGAAUAUCAGUUACCAGUCGGUCUCCUGUACAAAUUGGAAGGGCUGGAAUAACGCUGCUGCUCUUGGGAGUGUAGUUAACCUGGGAUACAGCGCAUGCUGUCCCAACAAUCCAGCUGGAAGUACUAAUGAUACUUGUCCGUCGUAUUCUGACGACAGUGGCAUCCCACCUGACACGCAAACAUCUGGCUUUGCUAUAUCCUCACCGAUUUCGCUCCUUCCUAUCGUCACACUCGCUGUAUCGCUACUAUCCCACGUGUUGUAA